AUGGCGGGGCCCUUCGCCGAUAUGUAUCCGGGAAUGCAGGAUGUAAAGGGCAUGGGUCGGCAAGGAGACGUGGUACAGGUCAAACGCGGCCGCAUGCGCCAUGAGCUCUACCCCGUUGGCGACGCAGCGUAUGCCACACCCGAAAACAUUGCAAAGUAUGCUCUGACGGAAGCGGAGAAGCAGUCUCGGGACGCCAACGCGCAGGAGGGCGUGUUGGAAAAGCUGCUCUGGGCGUUGAGCAAGAAGUCCGUGAUUCUCACCCGGCGCGCCUCUUCAAAGGACCCCGAGCGCUUUGUGGGUCCCACGGUAUCACCAGAGAACAUUCGCAAAUCAGUUCUGCGGCAGAUGGGCAUUCAGCUUGACCCCAGCCAUUUCCUGACAAACGCCGAGAUCAAGUCGUACGGCACCUUCAAGGUGCCGUUAAAUCUCCGCCUUCCAGAUGACCGACAGAUCGAGUUGACGGUCCAUGUGGACAGACGCAACAAGGAGGUGCAAGUAACUCCCGGUACCAGCGCCGUUGCCGCAGGGCGCUCCGCCUAGACAGCCAUGUGUGGUCCCCAUUGCUGUGCGCUGCCCUCCUGCCGGCUAUGAGUUCGCCGUGCAGCCACAACUGGGGCUUGGCUCGGUACAUCGAGGUUGCCGCAGCUUCGGGCGCUGUUUGCUAUGCUGCGAUGUAAUGUGACGCCGUCUCGAUGGUGCUGGUGCGGUCAGACAAACGCCCUGUUGUCGACUUGGGAGGAGUCCACAACAACCAGCUCCCCGCAGCUGUCUUGUGCCUGGCAGCAUCACGGCUGCAGUAUCAGGCCAUAAGGAAAGGCAGGUGCUGUCGCCCUUUGGGUUGGAAAUAUUCUGCCCGGUCUCGGUGGUGGUGGUAGGGGUUGCGGCGUUGCUGAUGGCCAGUUACAGGUUCGGCUGUAAGUGCCGCUGGUG